CUUGUUCACUUAUUGCAGCGUUAUUAUUUUUUUUCCUCUCGAUAAGACUGGAAACAUCGUCUCGUCGUCGUGUUACUUAAUUUUGAUCGAUUUUAGUCAAAUAUAUUCCUCGUGUUCUACUUGCAAUGGCUCAAGGCUUGUCUAAGAGAGAGAAGAUCCAAUUGUGGUGGAGACUUACGAGGAAAUAUGUCUUCAUUGCUUUGGUUCUUAUAAUAUUAUGCCCGAUACCAGUAGUUAUGAACACCCAGAUCGGAUACCUGGCCUUCACCAUCUUCUUGAUGGUGACCUUCUGGGUGACGGAGGUGAUACCUUUACCAGUCACGGCACUCAUCCCGAUAGUUCUCUUCCCUCUCUUUGGUAUCCGGGACACCCCCACCGUGAUCGAGCAAUACUUCAAUGAUGUCACCUACCUGCUUUUGGGGGGUCUGAUCCUCGCCGCCGCCAUCGAGCAUCAGAACCUUCAUCGUCGCUUCGCUCUUCGGGUAUUGCUCCUGUUCGGAACUGAUCCAAAGAAAUUGUUGCUGGGUUUCAUGAGUGGUACAGCCUUUUUGUCUUCAUGGAUGAGUAAUACAGCCGUGACAGCCAUGAUGCUUCCCAUUGCUCGAGCCGUGCUCGACGAGAUAAAAACACAGGACAACGACGGCGAGCAUGAGAUAGAGUGCGACCUCGGAGAAAACGUAGAAUACAAGCCAAACAACCAAACUGUUUUCCCUCCUGAAAAACAAAUGAAAGGAUUCAACAGAAACGGCCAAGAAUUACAAAGGGAAGAGAUGGAUUCGGUGGUCGAUCUUCCACCAAGCCCGUCCUCGGUUGAUCAAGACAGGUGCCAUCUACGUCUAUGCAAAGCCAUUUUCCUUUGCAUUCCCUAUGCUGCCAAUAUAGGUGGGACGGGAUCUUUAGUUGGUACCCGAGCGAAUGUGGUCUGCGUUGCUGUUGUUGAAAGUCUAUUCGGUAAGGAGACGGGUCUCAACUUUGGCACUUGGACUCUCUACUGCUAUCCACAGAUGAUUGUAUGUGUUUUACUCAUAUGGGUUUGGCUCCAGUUCAUGUAUCUACCAAGGAACAGUUUCAGAUGUAAGAGUAACAGAGAAAGCACCUCCAAAGCCAAAAAGAUUAGAAAGGUAAUACAGCGAGCAUAUGACGAUCUUGGUCCUAUAAGAUUUGCAGAAUGGGCUAUCUUAGCACACUUCGUGAUCAUUAUAGCACUCUGGAUUACCCAAGAUCCCAAGGUCUUUCCUGGCUGGGCAUCUUUAUUUCCUCCUGGCGUCAAAAGUUCAGCUCCGACCAUAUUGAUCGCCAUUUCUCUCUUUUGUUUCCCAUCUGAGCGACCUCUACGUCUGAUUAGAAUCAGAGACCAGCAAAUGCGUGAUUCAGCCCAUGGUCAUCUGGAAAGUAUUGUUUCAAACGGUGCAAGUGUGGCUGGCGUUAAUAGUGAUGAUGACGAUGGCGACGAUGGGCGUGAAAAUCACCCAAAAAUAGCCAAAGUGAAGUGCAUCCCCGCACUCAUCAACUGGGAAAUCGUACAUGAGAAGAUGCCAUGGGGUGUGCUCAUCGUUGUAGGCGGAGGAUUCGCCCUAGCAGAUGGAUGUGUAGAAUCCGGUCUAUCAUUAUGGUUAGCCGAACAGUUUGAAAUCUUUUACGGGAUACCUCCACUUGCAGUGGCCUUCAGCACAGCCAUUAUAAUCUCACUCAUAACAGAGCUUACUGCUAAUGUUGUCACCACGACCAUAUUUCUACCCAUUGUUGCAGAGAUGGCCGUCGCGAUGAGGAUAAAUCCGUUAUAUCUGAUGCUAACUACGACUAUCUGUGCCUCCUUCGCCUUCAUGCUUCCUGUAGCUACCACGUCCAAUGCCAUAGCAUUCGCCAACAAGGAAAUCAAAGUCAUUGAUAUGAUGGGAUACGUGGCCUUCACCAUCUUCUUGAUGGGAACCUUCUGGGUCACGGAGGUGAUACCCUUACCAGUCACGGCACUCAUGCCGAUAGUUCUCUUCCCUCUCUUUGGUAUCCGGGACACCCCCACCGUGGUCGAGCAAUAUUUCAAGAAUGUCACCUACCUGCUCUUUGGGGGUCUAAUCCUCGCCGCCGCCAUCGAGCAUCAGAACCUUCAUCGUCGCUUCGCUCUUCGGGUAUUGCUCCUGUUCGGAACGGAUCCAAAGAAGUUGUUGCUGGGGUUUAUGAGUGGUACAGCAUUUUUGUCUUCGUGGAUGAGUAAUACAGCCGUGACAGCCAUGAUGCUUCCCAUUGCUCGAGCCGUGCUCGACGAGAUAAAAAAACAGGACAACGACGGCGAGCACGAGAUGGCGUGCGACCUCGGAGAAAACGGACAAUACCAGCCCAGCGGUCAAACUGUUUUGCCUCCUGAAAAACAAAUGAAAGGAAUUGGUCAUGAAUUACUGAGGGAAGAGAUCGGAUCGAUUGACGAUCUUCCAUCAAGCUCGUCCUCGUAUGAUCAAGACAAGCGCCACCUACGUCUACGCAAAGCUAUUUUUCUUUGCAUUACCUAUGCUGCCAAUGUGGGUGGGACUGGAUCUUUAGUUGGUACCUCGCCGAAUGUUAUCUGUGUUGCUGUCGUUGAAAGUCUAUUCGGCAAGGAGACGGGUCUCAAUUUUGGAAGUUGGAUGCUGUUUUGCUAUCCACAGAUGAUAGUAUGUAUCCUCGUUAUAUGGGCGUGGCUCCAGUUCAUGUAUCUACCGAGGAACAGUUUCAGAUGUAAGUGUAACAGACAGAACAGUUCCGAUGCAAAACAUAUAAGGAAAGUGAUACAGCGAGCAUAUGACGAUCUUGGUCCCGUAAGAUUUGCAGAAUGGGCUGUCUUAGGACACUUCGUGAUCAUUGUAGCGCUCUGGAUUACCCAAGAUCCAAAGGUCUUUCCUGGCUGGGCAUCUUUAUUUCCUCCUGGGGUUAAAAGUGCUACGCCGACAAUGCUGAUGGCCAUUUCUCUGUUUUGUUUUCCAUCCGAGCGACCUCUACGUCUGUUAAGAAUCAAAGACCAACAAAUUCGUGAAUCAGCCCAUGGUCAUCUAGAAAGUAUUGUUUCAAACGGGGAAAGUGCAAGUGUGGCUGGCGUUAAUAGUGAUGAUGACGAUGGGCGUGAAAGUCGCCCCAAAAUAGCCAAAGUGAAGUGCAUCCCCGCGCUCAUCAACUGGGAAAUCGUACACGAGAAGAUACCAUGGGGUGUACUCAUUAUCAUGGGCGGGGGGUUAGCACUAGCAGAUGGAUGUGUGGAAUCUGGUCUAUCAGCUUGGUUAGCCGAACAGUUUCAGAAAUUUUACGGGAUACCUCCGCUGGCAGUGGCUUUCAUCACAGCCAUCACAAUCUCACUCCUGACAGAGGUUAUGGCUAAUACUGUCACCGCUGCCAUUUUUGUUCCUAUUGUUGCAGAGAUGGCCGUGGCGAUGAGGAUAAAUCCGUUAUAUCUGAUUCUUACUACAACCAUCUGUGCCUCAUUCGCCUUCAUGCUCCCAGUAGCUACAGGACCCAAUGCCAUAGCAUUCGCUUACAAGGAAAUCAAAGUCAUUGAUAUGGUAAAAACAGGCUGUCUCCUAAACUUCACGUGUAUCUGUAUACUGCUACUCUUCAUGAACACACUCGGUCUGUUGAUUUUCGACAUCGCACACUUUCCCGAUUGGGCCAAUAACACCAUGAAUACCAUGGCAACAGAUAAUAUCUUCCAUAACUCUACAUCGGUACCGUUUUGAGAUCAGAUAUACUCGAAGAAACACUCCAGCGGAAAAAGUAAGAGAAAAAAGCGAUACUAUAGCAAUAAACUUAUCUGUCAAAAUAUAUUCCUACAACCAUCUUUACAAUUGGUAUAAACGUUCUUUGUUUUCAGUCCUCCCUCGUGUUUGAAUUGCAAAUUUUCAUAAUCCAACUGAUAUUAUAUACAUACAUAGAUCUUAAAUAGUAUAAUUAUAUUUAUGUUGAACGUUCAUGAUUUCUCCUUUAAUUGGGUCUCAUUAUUAUUCUUCACUAACUGUUACAUCCACUUUGCAGCUCAGUGUAAUGGGCUUCGAAUUUUGCGUCGCCACGGGGGG